CGAUUUUCAACCUCCACAAAUCCUGCAUCAACAUACCAUCCACCAGCUCUUCUAAUCCCCAGAUUGCCCCCUACACACCCCUUCACCCCUUCACCCCUUCACCCCUUCACCCCGUCAACUCUUUACCUCUUCACCCCUUCACCCCUUCAACCCUUCACCCCAUCGCAUCACCUCAUCACAGGCCAGUUUUAUCCGGUCUUGCCUCUCUCUUCCGCGCCCCACCAACCCAGACAGCCCAUGUCUGCUAGCUCGGGCCGUCUUAAUGACGCUUCAUCCCUUCAUGUCUCGUCGCUGGGGCAUGAAAGCCGGGGGUUGUCAGAGCCUGGCCGGUCCCCGUGCUUAGCAUUCUCUGCACCGGCGACCAUCCGCCCAGGCGUCGACAGCUAUCUCUCUCUCUCUCUCUCUCUCUCUCUCUCUUUCUCUGAUGACCCAUUUCUUCCUCUCAAUUUCUCUACUCUCAUGGCCCCCUUCCAAAUCGACACUCGCAGUCGUAUUACCGCCCUUUGUUCCUAUGACCUACAAGCCUACCAAAAUGGAAGACAUGACAAUUGUUGCCGUGACUUUGUGCCCCACUCCUUGUUCGGCUCGUUCGCCCUGUUCGCCCUGUUCGCCUCGUCUACUUGUUGCCAGGCCUACCAAGCGUCCAUCCAAUCUGCACUUCACAUUGCUUCAGUUCCCCCGCCAUUUGUCAUUCUCGACUCUUUUGCUGCCUUCUCGUUUUUUCGUCCAACUUUGCAUUUACUCUUCAAUUUCACACCCUGCCCCCUGUUAUCCGCUUUUUCGCCAAUUGUCGCCCUCAUUUCUCGCGGGCUCCGGCUUCAUCUGACCUCUACCGUCUAUCUCUCACUCAUCCACCCUUCUUCUCUCUCCUCCACCUCAUUCACCCUUAGGCCACGUCUUUGUCACCUUAUCAUCGAGUCUUUCGGUCGUUUGGCUGUUCGCUUGUUCGCUUGUUCGGUUCGGUUAUUCGGUCGUCUGGUCGUUGCAUGCGUAAACCCAAUCAUUCCGAGCGACACAAACGCCCCAUCUCCUCGUGACUGA